AUGGUUACAACAGCGGUCGUGGUGACAAAGCCUGAGCUACACCGCAAUUCUAGCUACUCAUCAGCCAAAGAGGAUCUCACAACCCCUGCCUUACCUUCUCUCAAGCAUGGUGGCAGUUUCAAUCUUACUGACGCUGUUGAUAAUUCAGCUGCCAUUGCUAAUGGAGCCCAAGCUUCAGCGCGUGCUUCACCGGCGCCCAACAUCCCGAAUGGCAAAGCAACAUCUCCAUACUCCGAACGAGGAAACCCGAUGACUCAAGGUGCCUCGCAGACAGUCAGCUCCAAAGACCCAAAGGCUGCCGCUCAAGCUGCGAACGAUAUGAAGAAUGUGGUUCGUCGGAAGUUGACUGGUUAUGUCGGUUUUGCCAACCUGCCCAACCAAUGGCAUCGCAAGAGCGUGCGCAAAGGAUUCAACUUCAAUGUCAUGGUAGUCGGAGAGUCUGGCCUUGGAAAAUCUACACUGGUCAACACCCUAUUCAAUACCUCUCUCUACCCUCCUAAGGAACGCAAAGGACCCAGCCUCGAAAUAAUCCCAAAGACUGUUUCUAUCCAGUCGAUAAGUGCCGAUAUUGAAGAGAACGGGGUCAGACUUCGUUUGACAGUCGUGGAUACACCAGGUUUUGGAGACUUUGUCAACAACGACGAUUCAUGGAGGCCCAUUGUGGAAAACAUUGAGCAGAGGUUCGACGCUUACCUCGAAGCCGAGAACAAGGUCAAUCGUAUGAAUAUUAUCGACAACCGUGUCCACGCUUGUGUCUACUUCAUCCAGCCUACUGGACACUCUCUGAAGCCUCUGGAUAUCGAAGUAAUGCGCCGGCUCCACACCAAAGUCAAUCUGAUUCCUGUUAUCGCCAAGGCUGACACCAUGACUGACGAGGAAAUUAUUAAUUUCAAGCAGAGAAUUCUCACGGACAUAGAGCACCACUCCAUCCAGAUCUUCGAGGGGCCACGCUAUGAGCUGGAUGACGAAGAGACCAUUGCUGAGAACCAAGAAAUCAUGUCCAAAGUGCCAUUCGCGGUUGUAGGUGCAAACUACGAAGUCACCAACCCCGAAGGACGCAAGGUUCGAGGACGACGUUAUCCUUGGGGUAUCAUCGAAGUGGAUAACGAGGAGCAUUGCGACUUCGUCAAGCUGCGACAGAUGCUCAUUCGAACUCACAUGGAAGAGCUCAAGGAACAUACCAACAAUGCGCUUUACGAGAACUACCGAUCUGACAAGCUCAUUCAAAUGGGUGUCAAUCAAGACCCUAGCGUAUUCAAGGAGGUUAACCCAGCUGUCAAGCAAGAAGAGGAGCGUACUUUGCAUGAGCAGAAACUUGCGAAGAUGGAGACCGAGAUGAAGAUGGUCUUCCAGCAGAAAGUGCAGGAGAAGGAAAGCAAGUUGCAGCAAAGUGAGGAAGAGCUCUUUGCGCGCCAUCGCGAGAUGAAAGAUCAGUUGGAGAGACAACGAUUGGAGCUCGAAGAAAAGAAAGCACGGAUUGAGAGUGGCAGGCCGAUUGAGGAGAAGGGCAAGAGAAAGGGCUUCUCACUGCGAUAA